UGAACGAGGAAAGCGCCUGUAAAUAUUGUGCAGUAUAAAUAGACGCUGUGUCGGCCAUUGCUGCAGUUGUCGUGUUCCCGCCAAAGUGUACACGGGUUUACGAUAAUCAUGGCUGUAAAAGUAUUUAUCCUUUUCGCUGCGAGCGCCGCUUUGUGCGCCGCUCAGCCCGUGGACAUCAACCUGCCGGUUCUCAAGGAGCCUCCUCGUGAAGUCACCUUCCGGGUGUCGUCCGCCAAAGCUCACCCCUUCACCAUCCCCUGCGCUACCACCACGCCCAACGACAAAGUUGUCUACACCUGGACGAAAAACGGCAAACCCUUCCCCGUCAACGAAAAAUCCCAAGACAUCAAAAUGCGCGCCGGCGAAGGGACUCUCAUCUUUAACAACCCCAAAGACUCUGACGAGGGCGUGUAUCAAUGCCUAGCCACAUCCACCGAAGGCGUUGCUAGUUCAAGAGCGAUCAGCGUCAAGAAAACCUUCGUAGAAAUCCCGAAGCAUACCCUUCAGAAGCAUACCCCUGAAGAAGGCAAGCCUUUCAAAAUGGAAUGCUCAGUAACCAAAGCUUACCCUAAACCGGUCAUUGAAUGGUACAGGCAAGGCAAGGAUGGCAAAUACGUAGAUAUUAUGGAGAAGAGGCUGCUGGAAUCGCCUGAGGGUGAUCUGUAUUUUACUAAUGUGACUAAGGAAGAUGUUUCUAAGGAUGUGAAGUAUGUGUGUUUGGUUGCAACGCAGGCUGAAGAUGAUAAGGUGGUUGCUGCUGAACAUAUCAUUGAGGACCUGACUCCAGCCAAGGGCCCUAAGAGCGGAGAGCUGACGCCGCAGUACCUGAGCAAGGACAUGACCGUCAAGACCGGAGACAUCGCCGUCAUGAUGUACUGCAUCUACGGUGGCACCCCCAUGGCCCACCCCGACUGGUUCAAGAUCUCCCGCGACGGCACGCGCACCAACGUGAACGGGGAGCCGGGCGGCCGCGUCACGCACCGCAACCGCAGCGCGGGCCGCCGCCUCUGGAUCACCAAGGUGCUGGCCGAAGACGACGCUACCUACGAGUGCGUCGCGAACAAUGGCGUUGGCAAGCCGCAGAGCCACAAAAUCAAGCUGACUGUUCAACAAGCCCCUGAGUUCACGAAGCAGCCAGAGCCCGUGAUGCUCGCCAAGGUUGGAGACGACGUCACCAUCCCCUGCAAAGUACGCGGAGCCCAAAAAAUUUCCUGGUCGUUCAACGGACAGCCCCUUGAAGUUAAGGAACCCAAGGACACCCUGACCCUGAGCAAGGUGCAGAAGAAGGACAACGGGUACUACGGCUGCACGGCCUCCAGCGCCGUCGGAGACGUGUACGCGGAGACCCUCGUGCACGUCGCAUAGAUGUUCAACUUUUAAUUUAUUCUGUUGUUAGGUCGAUAACUUGAUAAGUUAAAGCCGUGAUCCCUCAUAACUCCAUGACGCGAAAAGCAUAUUACAUUAAUAGUUUUGAAUGAUUAACGGUUAGUUUCACUUAAGUAUAUUGUUUUAGAGCUCCCGAUAUUUCGACGCAUUUAUAUGUAUGUUGUCCAGGGGCAACAAAAGGUACUUCACGGCCAAUAUCGCGUUCAAUAUAAGUCUAGCAUAAUACUUUGUUAAUUCGUGAGGAAGACAGUUUUAAGAAGUUUCAAGUUCAGUGUAACUUAAUCUAGGAUUAAAAAUUGUCAGAUUACUUACAUUAAGAACAGGGUUUAUUACACAAAAUUUAUUGACCUAACGAAGAUCUUAUUUGUGUCAUUAUUUUAUAAGGAAUUUAAUAAAUAAAGCUUACCAAUAUUAA